AUGAGCUACUACGGCAACAACAACCAGGGCGGCGGUUACGGCCACCAGGGUGGAGGCUACGGCGGUCCCGGCGGCCCUCAGGGCGGCUACGGAGGUCACAACCAAGGCCCCGGCGGUGAGGCCAACUCUUACUACAAUGAGCAACAAGGCCAGCAACAUCAGCAACAAGGGUUCGGAUAUGGCCAGGGCCCCAACCACCAGCAGAACAACUUCUCUUCCCCUCCUCCUUACCAGAACCAGGGAGGCUACAACGACCACAACCGCAACGACGGACCUGGAGGCUACGGCGGCCCAGGCGGCCAGGAAGGCGAGGAUGGUGAGCGUGGUCUCACCGGUGCUCUCGCCGGAGGUGCUGCCGGUGCUUUCGGUGGCCAUAAGGUCGGCGGCAACUUCGGCCACAGCAAGACCAGCACCUUCAUCGGUGCCGUAGCUGGUGCCUUUGCCGGCCACAAGCUCCAGGAUGGAGUCUCUGACUGGAAGCACGAGCGUGACGACAAGAAGGAGGAGGAGAAGCGCAGAGAGGAAGAGGAGAAGCGUAGACACGAGGAGGAGGAGAGACGCAGGAGAGAGGACCAUCACCGCCCCGAGGAGCACCACCACCACCACGAGCGCCGUGGCUCUGGUGACCGCCCCCGUGGCGGUAACUUCGCCGGCGGCUUCACCGGCUCUUCCCGCGAUAUCCGCAUCGAUGCUCACGGUGACUACAACCUCCGUGCCUCCUGCAAGCGCCGCGACGGCGGAUGGCAAGAGAGCUGCAUCAGCCUGAACCGCUACCUGGAGAACGACCAAGGUAGCUUCCGCUGGACUUCCGGCGGCGGCGGUGGCGGUGGUGAGCAGAACUACGCCGUCCAGCAGGGAGACACUCUUCGCAACAUUGGCGACCGCUUCGGCGCCAGCUGGGAGGAGAUCGCGAGACACAACAACAUUGCCAACCCUGACCAGAUCUGGCCCGGCCAGAAUCUCCGCAUUCCGGGACGCGGCGGCGGCGGUGGUGGCGGCAAUUUCGGUGCCUCGGCCCGGGAUGUCCGCCUCGUCGACGGCGGACAGCGUCUGGAGGCGGAGCUGUCCCGUCACGGACAGUGGGUCCGCGCCUCCAUCAACCUGGAUGAGAAGAUUGGAAACAAUGACGGCACCCUGCAUUACGUCUAA